AGAAUUUUGUUCAAAUCCUUUCCACAUUCCUGACUCGUCCUCGCCCUUCACUUGCACACUCACUUGGCCCCACAGCAUGCCGCUGGCCAUGGCUGCUGCCGGGGUCCACCUCGUCUUCUUGCAGCUGCUGCCCGCUGCUGCGAUUGACGUCCGGAGGUACUCUGGCGUGGGCAGGGAGGCCUCCUUGAUCCAGUCCGUGGGGCGGGCGGAGGGGCAGUCCGUUGCAGGGUCUGGGGCAGGCCUGACGACCCGGUUCUCUGACUCGGGUGCGGGCUCGGUCAACAGUGCGGCCACCCUGGGAGUGAUGAACAAGGCGGGCGUCACCCGAUACCAGGAUUUGGACGGGGACUCCCGUUUCGAGAAGGUCAAGACAGUUGAUGGCGCAUUCUUCUGGUCCGAGCCCAACGCUCGCGAGGGGAGCAACUACGCCGGCGCUAAGGACCUUACCCAGAGCGUGUCUUGGGGCUGGCACCACCCGGCUGGAGUCUACAACACCAUUCCGGUCGGCGCCCCCCUCCUCGACGACGAGAUGAAUAUCUACAUCGGAUCCGACGACGCCAUCCGGAAGUUCGACUCCAACGGCGUCAUCAAGUGGGCCUACGCCCCCCGAGGUCAGCUCGCGUCCAUGCCCUCCCUGUGCAACGGCAGCGCGAGGCGCAUGAGCGUAUCCCGCACGCUGGACGAGGAGGAGCUGGUGCGGCCAGACUGGGACAGGGGCGCGUCGGGCAAGACCGGCCAGCCGUCGCAGGGCUUCCUAAUCGGCGACCUCGUCAAGGUGAAGCCUGGCGCGAGUUACUGGGUUGACGGUAAGGAGCUCUUCCGAGCAGGCGACCAAGGGAUCAUUUCUGGCAUCGAAGCUCAGGGCAACGGCAGCAGAGCGGUGAUCCAGUGGACGAAGACUGGGCAGAAGAGUGUGGUGCAUCUCCACGCCAUGCAGGAUCGCUUCAUGCGUGUGGAGCAGAAGGCGGAGACCACCACACUGGCUGGCGUCUUGAUCGGGAGCACCACCGAAGGUUACGUGUUCGCGAUCGACAUGAACACCGGGGAUGAGAUGUGGGCAACUUGGGCCUCGAACCAGAUAUCUGGCGUCAAGGGAUCUCUGUCCUGCAAGGGCGGAAUCGUAGUGGUCGCAACCGACCGCUGUACAGACCGGUAUUGCUACAGGUACCGCAACCAGACCAAUCCCCUCACGCCAGGCAACACGUAUGUGCGGGGCUUGAGUGCCGUGGACGGCACUGCCAUCUGGGAGUACAAGACCUUCCAGCCCAUGUGGAACUUCAUACCGCAGUGGGGCCCAGGUAACAGCGUGAUGUUCCAGGACUGGGAGGGCAGGGCGUACAGCUUGGACUACCUGACUGGCGCCCAGAUCUUCAAGGUCGGCGGCGACAUCGGGACGCACACCAACGCGGCCGCCGUGUACGACCCGGGCCACAAUGUCCUGGUGGCUCUCGGGGUCAAGCACUACGAGAACGGCCGCUGCAAUCCUUACCCGGCACCUGGUAUCCUCCCUUCGUGCUGGACGUGGUCGGGCACGCCUGGCUUCAUCCGCGGCUACAACGCCACCUCCGGCAGGAAGCUGUGGGAAGUGGACACGCCGGAGCCGCCGGCCAGCGCCAGCGUCGGCAAGCUCAACAGCCCUUCGUUCCACACGCGCCUCGCCGUCACCAUGGGCCACAACUGCUACCUUGGCUCCCCCUCCAAGUUCUGGCUCAUGGACCCGAACACCGGCGACAUCAGGAAGAUGCUCGAGGGGCCGACGCUGUGGACUGGCUUCUGUGCCGGUGACAAGGAGGGUGCCGACAUCCGCCGGGCCAUGGGCGGGAGGGAGAAGUGCUCGCCGAACAGCUGGUCCACGCCCGUGAUCGAUUCGGCUGGCGACGUGUACGUCGGCAACCAGGUGGCGGAGCGGGCAGCGGACGCCCAGGACGCUCACUGGUUGGUGGGGCACCCUAGCUCUGGAUGACUGCUGCAUGUCAAAAAUACGCUGCGCAAGCUGGGCAUCCAGGCGACGCCCCUUCGUCACCUUUGCACCGCUCUUGCUACUCUUCCGGGCGCCUCCUCCGUACAGCGGGUCGCUGAUGUCGGAGUCGUCGUAGUCGGAUGCGGUCGUGGAGGACAUGAGCACCUCGUCGGACAGCGAGCCGUCGAUGUCAGAGUCAAAACUGCUGAGGUCAUAGAUCUCAUGUGCGGCGGGAGCCGCGAUUGUGGUGUCAUUCGCCUCGGCCAAGGGGGCCGACCCGACGAUUCCGAGGGCGCCGAGGAUCCAGUAGAUCGCGCCCAGGAGGAAGACACCGAUUUCGUCGACGCCCACGACGCAGCCGGGGCCCUCGUGCAGGCAAAAGAAGCAGGUCGGUGAGCUAUACAGGUACGGCGCGCCAGGCGGCGGCUGGCAUGCCGAGCUGCUCUCGACCCUGACCAUCGGCGUGGCCACCCCCGAUGCAGCCAUCGCGAUCGGCAACGGCCUUCGGCGGCGAAAUCGAAACUCUACCUUCGCAGAUCAACGAUUCGGGUAACUCGAAGGGUGGCGGGUGUAGGGUUCGGAAUUCGUCGACCACGUGGCGAAAUCCGAACCCUACCCCCGCCUCCCAUCGGUUCAGGAGAAUCGAUGGUUGGCAGGGGUGGUUCGGAUGUCUCCACCUAGGCCUCAUGGCCGUGACCACGUGCACCUCCCUCAUUGUCUUUCAGACCUAUUCGAAUCAGUGGUCACAGGGGAACUGGUCUGUCUCGCACAGCGAGUACACACCGAGCAAUCACAUGGUUCACGGCGAGGAGAUCUCCCACCAGAUCUCGGAGGAGAGCCACGGGGACCCCUCUGUCACGCCCAAGGUCGACUCGGACGACAUCUGGUCGAACGACCAGCCCUUCUACGACCCGAACAUCGACGGGACCUCCGACUACCGGUGAUAGAUAUUCUUGGGACCACGACUGCCAGUGAGUGGUCGCGGCGAGCAUGUGCGGGGAUUUAUCUGAGCAUUUUGGUCAAAAGAAGGGCACUGGAGUAGAGCGCGACCUCGACGCCCCCGGCACCAGGC